UUAAUUCAUAGGAAAUUAGCCAGAGAGGGGGCGGCGCUUGCGUCCCGCCCUCGCGCGCUCCUCCGCGCAGUGCCCGGCGCCCUGUCGCCUGCAGAGCCUUGCAGACCUCCACCUUCGCGGACUCGCUAGCAAAAUUGAAAAAUGGCUGAUCUCACCCAGCUACUGGAAAAUGAAGUAUUCAUGGCUUUUGCCUCCUAUACAACGAUUAUCCUUUCAAAAAUGAUGCUUAUGAGUCCUGCAACUGCAUUCUAUAGACUAACGAGAAAGGUGUUUGCCAACCCAGAAGACUGUGAGAGCUUUGGCAAAGGAGAGAAUGCCAAGAAGUAUCUUCGAACAGAUGACAGUGUGGAACGUGUACGAAGAGCGCACCUGAAUGACCUUGAAAAUAUUGUUCCAUUUGUUGGAAUUGGGCUGCUAUAUUCCUUGAGUGGUCCAGACCUUUCUACUGCUCUCCUGCACUUCAGGCUCUUUGUUGGAGCACGGAUCUACCACACAAUUGCGUAUUUGACACCCCUUCCCCAACCAAAUAGAGCUUUGGCUUUUUUUGUUGGAUAUGGAGUUACUCUUUCAAUGGCCUACAGGUUGCUGAAGACUGGAUUUUACCUGUAAAGAAAAUCGAGUACUUCCCAUGCAGUUGGUUUUUAAGAAUUCUAUACUUCCAGUAUAUAAUGAAUAUUUUCUGAGGCUGUAAGUGGGAAGGGAGCAGAGAAAGUAGGAAUGGGGAAAAACCCAUUUAAAGAUUAGCACUGCUAAUAUCCUUUUAUUCUUGCUUUAUAUUUGCUGUAGACACUUCACAAUAAUUUUUAAGUUUUUUGUGUGAUCCUUUUAAGUUCUGAUUGUUAUAAUUUUCAACAUUCAUCAACAUUUCAUAUUAUGAAUCUAUAAAAAAUUGAUUGUGUGCGAAGUCUAUAUUUCAAUACUGUGGAAAUAGUGAUAUGAAAUAAAGAAUUUAAUGAAUGGUUUUGUUUUCCCAACUGUUUAUAAAAUUUCAAAACUAUGGAAAAGUUGUAAAAUGGAAUAAAGAACCUCUGUAUACCAUUCAUCUAGAUUCAUCUGUUGUUCACAUUUUAGCACAUUUGCUUUAGCUUUCAAAAACAAUUUUUUUCCUAAACAAUUUGAAAGUAAAUGGCAAAUAUCAUGAUACUUUACUUCUUUAUAUUUAGACAUAUUUCUUGUAUGAACAGCAUAGUCUCCACAAAAACCACAGUACCAUUACCACACCCAAGAAAUGUCACAGUACCACAAUGGUAUUUGACAUAUACAUUCCACAAAUUUAUCCAAUUUUUCUAAAACCACCUUUAUAACUUCUUUAGGAUCUAAGAAUAAAACAAGGCUUAUAUGUUGCCUUCUGUUACGUUUUCAUUAAAAUAGAAGCAUUCCUUCACUUUUUUGUUGUUUUUUGUCUAUCGUGACAUUGAUUUUUUUUUUUUUUGAAGAGUAUAUGCCAGUUAUUUUACAGAAUGACCUUUACUCUGGAUUUUUCCUAUUUGGUAUGUUCUUAGUCUUUGAUUCAGAAUAAACAUUUGGGGUCUGGUUAUGUGCUAUUCACAUUGUAUUAUAUCAACAGGUUUAAGACAUCAGUUUGCUUCAUUAUUAGUGAUAUUAAAUUCAAUCAGCAUAGUAAGGGUAUACUAACCAGAUUUGUCUAUUAUAAAGAUAUCUUUUUGUCUUUAUAAUCAUAUGAGGGAUAAUAAAUUGAGACUGUGUUCCUAUCCUAUCCCCUUAUAAUUUUUACCCACUGAGUUUAGUACCCAGUGAUGCCUAAUUUGAUUUCUACAAUAAAGUAAAUAAGCAUAAAAAUUUAUUCAGCAUAUAUAAACUAUAAACACAUUAAUCUGUAUAAAUGUAGAUUUUUUUUUCUCUUGAAUGCAACUAGGUGUAUUUCAAUUUUUACAACAGAGGGUUAACUUUUAAAUCUCAAUAUUCUUCUAUACAUGACAUUAAAUUUAAGUUAGUUGUUUUCCUUUCUACCUCUUGAUUAGUCUCAAUUUAAAAUACAUAUUUCUUAAGUAGUACUUUAAUGACUGUUGUGAAAUGUUCAUUUAGGUUUGUCACACAAGAGAAAAAUUACUGCAAUAUUUUAGUUUUAAUAGUUUGAACAACUCUAAAGUCUAUAAACAAAACCUAUUAGGCAGUUUUCUGUGUAGACUUCUUCACAAGGUUUCUCUUGUUUUCCUAAUGUUAAAAGCAGCUCUGCAUACUGUGGACUGAACUGCAGUAAAUCUUCAUGGUGUAAUUAAUGGAAAAGAACAUGAAUUCUAACAUGAAAAAUCUAAAAUCCAAGGAUUGGGUUUGAACACACAAAACACACAUAUUCACAGCGUGCGCACGAGCACGCACACACACACACCUGUUCUCUGGAUUGGGGAAAACCCUCUUACCUUAUCUGAGCUACAGUUUCCUGAAGCUUUUUAUAUGACUUGUUCAAGGUAAUGUGCUUUUAUGUAUUUGAAGCAUAUGAAAAAAGUAUGUUCUCACAGUUAAGUGUUCUGUGUGUCACUUACUAGAGCAAUCUAUUAAUAAUAAAGACCCCAUUUUUGGUUGA